CUUGCCAAGUCCCUGCCCCUCCUUCAGGCAGCAAACACCACCCCAAACUCAUCAUGAGGGGAGGGAGGAGGUCUGGUAGGAGCUCUUAUUGCAACAGAGCCCCGGCGCUAUAAAAACCCUGUCUCCUAAGAUCUCCAUCUCCAUCUUGGCCAGCCCGGACAAUGCCUCCCAACCUCACCGGCUACUACUGCUUUGUCUCACAGAAGAACAUGGAGGACUACCUGCAAGCCUUAAACAUCAACAUGGCUCUGCGGAAGAUAGCGCUGCUACUCAAGCCAGACAAGGAGAUUGACCAUCAGGGCAACCACAUGACAGUGAAGACCCUCAGCACCUUUCGCAACUACGUUCUAGAAUUCGAGGUGGGAGUUGAGUUUGAGGAGGACCUAAGGAUGGUGGAUGGACGAAAAUGCCAGACCAUAGUAACCUGGGAGGAGGAGCAGCUGGUCUGUGUGCAGAAAGGGGAGGUGCCUAACCGAGGCUGGAGGCACUGGCUGGAAGGAGAGAUGCUGCACCUGGAACUGACCGCAAGGGAUGCAGUAUGCAAGCAGGUCUUCAGGAAGGUCAAAUAGCCAGAGAGGAGCUGAAGGCCACUCCAGACAGCACCAGUCCCCAGACUCCUCUUGUUUGUGCACCUUCAAGUCUAGAUUGUCCCAGGUCAUCAGUCCCUUUCUCAGGCCCUUACCCUCCCGCUGAGUCCCUCCUCAGCCCUCCCCACGUUAAUCUAUAACUUGCAGCCCCUAAGGCCAAAGUCCUUUCUUUCUCACACUCCACUGCCCAAUAGUGACCUUAUAUCCAGUUCACGGUCUGGCCUCCUGGAUGAAAGAAACGGGCAAAGAGGAAAUGAUGCUAGAGAAUAACCAAUCUCAACUCUCUUUAUCUUCCAUCUAAGAAAGGACUAAGUGUUGAGCAUUUGAGGGUUAGUGAAAAGUCUAUCCUGGAGGACCUUUUGGAAAACUGUGACUGGGGUUCAAGAAUUUAAGAGUCUUUUUGUCUA